CUGGAAUCCUUUAGUUUUUGAAGAAGCAAUGAGACAACAUUGGUGUGUUCAAGUCUGUGUGUACCUAGCAGCUGCUGUCAACCUAGUCAUUUCACAAUUGACUGUCUCAGAGAAUGGUCAAGUAUGUCCAGAAAUAAGACCAGGAGAAGAUGACCUCCCAGGUUUUGACUUUAUAUCAAACUUUGGAUUAGAUGGUCGUCGAGAAAUUCCAGGAGUGGAACAAGUGGAAGGGAGCAACAAGUUCCAGAAAGCUUACAGGAUCAAUGAGAACAGCAGAUUACGGAUCCGCACCACAGAUCUCUUCCCAAAAGGUCUUCCUGAACAGUAUUCUUUUGUCAGCACCUUUAGAAUGUUAAACCAAACCAGAACCAAGCGAUGGAGUCUGUUUCAAAUAAGAGAUUUUCUUGGGAAGCCUCAGUUUGGAGUUCUUCUAGACGGCACAAAGAAAACUGUGGAAUUCCAUUUUCUUACAUUGAAUGGGCGAUUAGAAAGACUUGUUUUCAAUAAAAAAGCGAGCAAGCUCUUCAACCAGAAGUGGCAUAAACUUCACUUCAGUGUGACGCGAGACAGUGUGGAGAUGUACAUUGACUGCCAGCCCAUCUCUGGUCAGCCGCUGCCCCCAAGAAGACAGAUUGACAUCAACGGAGAUAUAAGCAUGGGCGUAAACGAGCAGACUGGACGCACAACUCCGUUCGAGCUACAGUGGAUGCAGUUAGACUGUGACCAUACAAAGCCAGACAGAGAGAAAUGUGAUGAGCUGCCUAAAAAUCGUACAAGUACCACCACAGCAGAUCCAGGAAGGCCUAGGCCACCCCCAAUCAGGCCCGUCACCACACCAGGUCCACGCCCAGGUAGUGGCACAGACCCACAGAAAGAAGGAACAUGUGAGGUCACGUGUCCAAGAGGGCCACCUGGAUUUAAUGGAACAGCAGGUCCACCAGGAUUACCAGGACCAAAAGGGGAUGCUGGGACACCAGGAGAAGCAGGAAGACCAGGAGAACCUGGACGUAUUGGUGAGCGUGGUCUUCCAGGCAGACCGGGGACUGACGGCACAAAGGGAGAACCAGGUCAAAGUGGACGCCCUGGUUCUCCAGGCACUGCAGGACAACCGGGUAGUCCGGGCAUUCCAGGAGUACCAGGUGUACCAGGGGAAAAGGGUACUCCAGGUGACACGGGCCCACGUGGUUUACCAGGGCCACCAGGAUCGUCAAGUGCAACUAUCAAGGGAGAUGCCGGAACACCAGGUGCCGUGGGUCCACGAGGUCCACAGGGUGAACAGGGAAUUCGUGGCUUGCCUGGUACAGUUGGUCCACCUGGAAUUCCAGGUGAAAAAGGAGACAGGGGUCCCUCUGGUCCUAAAGGCUCUUCUGGCACAGACGGCAGAGUGGGAUCUCAAGGACCUCCCGGACCUCCAGGACCACCUGGCCCAGCAGGCCCGCAAGGAACACCAGGACGAGGGGACAUUGAUGAUAACCGCAUCCCCCAAGUACAAGGUCCACCAGGUCCUAUGGGCUUACCAGGAGUAGCCGGUCCUAUUGGACCAAAGGGACAAAAGGGCGAACCUGGUGAAAGAGGUCUACAAGGAAAUAAGGGAGAGAGGGGAGAGACAGGUACCACUGGUAAACCUGGAAAGGAUGGCUCCCCAGGUCAGGAAGGUCAGGCUGGCAGACGAGGAGCACCUGGUGAAAAAGGAGAACCAGGUAUCCAAGGUGUAGUUGGCCCUACUGGACCCACAGGCAAUCCUGGCAUACAGGGCAUCAAGGGAUCUAAAGGAGAGUCAGGGUUCAAAGGUGACAAAGGAGAUCCGGGAACACCUGGACCUCCCGGAGCACCAGCUGUGGUCAGCACCAACACCGGUACAGGGGUAAACGGCACAGUCAUUGUCCAGCAGCUGCAAGGCCUACCCGGUCCUCCAGGAGAACCAGGCACAAAAGGAACUCCAGGUUAUCCAGGAAAUCCAGGCCCACCAGGAGAACGAGGUCCGGCCGGAAAUCCGGGUACUCCGGGUUUACCUGGGAAACCUGGCAACAUGGGCUUACCUGGCUACAAAGGUGACCCCGGAAGUCCAGGUAUGAAAGGACCUCAAGGACCUGAAGGCAAGCAAGGCAUUAUGGGAUUACCUGGCAUACAAGGACAUGAAGGACUAAAGGGCCAGCCAGGCAGCCGAGGUCCAGAAGGUCCCAGAGGUGCUCCUGGUGUUGAAGGCAGGGCGGGAAAACCAGGUCCUUCAGGACCUCAGGGUCCAGUUGGACCAGUUGGACCAAUGGGUAUGACUGGACCGCCGGGACCGCCGGGACCACCAGGUGAAAAAGGGUCCACGAACUAUAUCCCUGCACAAGUGAUCGAAGGAGACUCCAGGGGACCAAUGGGUCAGAUGGGUCCACCAGGAAACCAAGGACAACAGGGCAUGCCCGGAGAACGAGGCCCGAUGGGAAAACCCGGAAUAGCUGGACCACAAGGGGUGCCCGGUGUACCGGGAUUACCGGGCUCACCUGGUGCUGCAGGAGAAAGAGGAUUACGUGGACAGACCGGCAUGCCUGGUAUGCCCGGACAACCUGGUCGCAGUAUAUCAGAAAACGAAGUGAGAGAAUUAUGUUAUAAAGUGCUCAGAGAACAAUUCGAAGAUUUGACAGCAGGUUUACUAGGCCCACCGGGACCACCGGGCCAAGGUCGGCCAGGUAAAAACGGUCGUCCAGGACCUCCAGGUGCUCCAGGUGAACGUGGCCCCCCUGGGCCCCCUGGAGAACGAGGUUUUCUUGGGUUACAUGGUUUGCCGGGGCCCGCGGGCCCACCCGGCCCUGAAGGUCAACGUGGACCAAUGGGUGAGAAGGGAGAGGCGGGAGAAGCAAUAAUUGGACCACCAGGAUCACAUGGCCCACCAGGACCACCAGGUUCUACAGGAGAAGGCACACAAGGGAGACCUGGAGAGAGGGGUCUACCCGGACUACCAGGCAGCCACGGACAUAGAGGACCCCCAGGCCCUCCCGGACCACCAGGCUACUGUGAGUUCUGCAAUUACGGCAUGCAGCAGUUCCCUCCCCAGACGAGAAACAAUGUCAAGGGUCCUUGAGGCUGAAUGGUUUUGAGCAUAAGACAUGCGCGCGCACACACACAUGCACACUCACACCACGGAGGGGGAGGGGGGCCUUGUUUAUUUUCUGUUUGUCAUUGCAUCUCCAUGUGGCUGUAGAGACUCUGGCCAACACUAGACCACUUUGAUGGUCUCUUGUCAUGGGGUGAAACAUUGGAUGGACAUUAACCAACUUUGAUUUUCAAAUAUCUGAUCUUCUAUUUAGAAAUAUAUAUAUAGAUAUAAAUUUCUCAUUAUGUAUGUAGGUUCAAUCUAUCAGGCUAUAAACUGACAAAACUGGGCUAGUUCAAGCACCAGAACUAGGUUGGAGAGCUGCAGAACAUCUGGAGCUAAGACCAGCGAGAUGCAAGUUGCUUUUUAAUUUAGUUUGUACGGUUCUUUCUUAUCCCCAUUUUCUAUUAAUAAAUAAACUCGCAACUCGCGAUAGUAACAUUUUUUGGAGUGCAUAGGUCAAGGGCACUCGCCACAGCUAAUAAUAUAUGUCCAUGAUAUCUGCAUUCUUACCUUUGUGUUGGCCUUGAGACUGUCAAGUGUAGUUUACUUUAUGGAGAAAUGGGUUCGGGCUUAGGGAUUUUUCUGGGUAAUGGAGUGAGAGUUCUAGUGAGUGAUCUUCCCUGUUUAUGAUUUUGAGCGUUACACGAUCGCAGACCUCUACUAUUGUUUAGAUACAGUACAAAUGGCAACAUGUAUUUAUUGUCCUAAACAUUUCUAUUUCUUUCUAUUAAUCAUUCGACUCUACCUUAUGAAGUAUGCAAUGCAAUGCUAGUAAAGAUAUUGUUCAAUCCGGAGUAAGGAAGAUCUAGUGAUGUGCUUCUUACUUCUCAGGACAACUCUGAGGAGAAAAGGGGAGACAACUGUACAAAAUGACUUGUAUCCACUAACGGGUUAUUUUUGUUCUCGUUACGUAAAAUUUUUGGUUUGUUCUCCUUUAAUUCUUUGAGACACAUCCUGUCCAAUUUGGCCUUACGCAAAUCUAAAUGGUGCUUCCUGCUUAACAUAAUCAUAUCAUCCUUAACUCAUGUGACUUAUUGUGUGAGUAUUUAGAUAGGAUAACUAAGUAUGGCAAUUAUACUGUCUUGUAAUACAUGCAUAUGUGUCCUGUGUCAUCAUCAAUGUACCAUUAGAAUGUGUUCCCUCAGAGGGAUUCGUUUUUUAUUUAUUUCAGCCUGAGCCAGUGGCAACCUUUCAUUGAUUUGCUAUUUUGUUUCACUUUUUUUAAAAUGUAUUUCUUUUCAUUCUAUGAUAGUUAAGACAUUGACUAUAAAAUCCAUCAAAUUUAGUCAUGUUUUAUUUUUUAACCAUGACAAUCUCUUCAAAGUUUAUUCUAGACAAUUGUUUAUUUUUCCUUAAAGUAAAUCUUUUUCAAUAAAUUCUGCAUUUAGAUUUUAGGGUUUAACAAGUAGCAAUUAUUCAAGACAAAAAAUGAUCUACUUUGUAUAAGAAUUUUUAGACUUCUUUUAGAUAUGACACAUUCAGAUUCUUCUUCUUUUAUUUUUCUCAAUCUUUUCAUUUUGUUCAAUGCUUUUAGUUUUUGUUAACAUAGAAAUCUUCUUUAGGAUGAGUUCUACAAUGAAACUGUACUUGUAGUGCAUGUGUUGAGACUAAUGUAAUAUUUCAUGACAUGUAUUUAUUAUAAACAACUCUGUUAUUUCUGGUUAGUGUGAGAAAUGUGUCUGUAUAUUGCCUCAGCUACAGAAAUCAUACUGCUGUAAUGUUGUUUUCAAUGACCAUGCAAGAUGGUUCAUCUAUUCUCCUAAAUGAUGCCACAUUUAGUUAGCAAGCAACCAUUUUUGUGUGUGUGUAUCAUAGUACUAUUGAAUGCAUCUAUUUAUAAAUCUCUCGACUAUCUGUACUGGUGAAAUGCUUGUGGUCUAACUAAAUUAUUGUUUAAAUGUGCCUUGUUCUUCUCUGUUACUGCUAAUACUUCACUGUGUACUCCUAACAUGUGAGACUAAUAACAUUCAGUAAUUAACAAUCUUCUUGAUUAACCGUUUUUUUUAAAUAUCAUGUUAAUGAAGUUCACAGGAAUACAUCUGUUUUUCUUGAUAACAAUUUUAACAUUCAGAUUUGUCACACAUUGUUUGGUUGUUUGUUAAUGCUAAUUGGAAAUUGAUCACAUACAUGAGGUAAAGGAAACCUUGAAGUGUGUUUACUGUUUUGAUAAUAACAAUGCUUAUCUAAAUGCCUGUAUAUCUGAUUCAAUAAACAUAUUUUUAACUAAUUCACAUUGUAUUUAUAUAUCUUUAUUCUACUCCAAAUAAAACUUUUUUGCAUAGCUGUCGAUCCUUUACAUCAAUAAAACUAAAUUUAAAAUAUUAGAAAUAAAAAAUAAUGUAUUUAUUUUUUUAGUGGGAAAAUUGGUUAAAUGCGCCUUUCAUUUUAAUGUGCAUGUGUGUUAAUCAUAUAAGAAAAAAAAUACCUUGGUUAAAUAGUUAAAUUAAUUAAUUGGGAAAGAACUUUUUAUCAACUCAUUUAGUCCAUAGAUUGCAUAACUUCAAGAAGACAGUAUGUAUUGAAUAACUUAAUAUAAUCCUCACAUUUUUAUCAAAUGUACUUGGCUAGUGUGCAUACCUUCAACAAAUAUAAAAGCUAUUUGAUAGAUCAAUGUUUAGAGGUACCCAAUUGUAAGGAUUAAUUUUUAAUAACCUAAAUGUGAUCAAAUGAUUGUAAACAACCAAUAGAUGUGUGAAUUAUAAACAUCAAAACCACAACAACAGGUGUAUGGAUGGAUCUUACAAUUUUUAACACUAUGACAAAUGUUUGUUCAGAAAGUUACAAAAUAUAUUUUUGUUUGAAAAUAACAAGUUUAAUAAAAAUUUUAAUAUCACAA